ACGACUUCAGUUUUUGGUAUUGCGUAAGGGGGAUGCUAUCAUUUACUCCUCGCUGAGGUAGGACACCUUUGCAGUUUUUGUACCUAAAUUUAGAUGCCCUCUGAGAUAUGGGAGAGUCAGUCUUGCAUGAAACAAAAGUUUGGAAGUUACAGGGAGAAUGCCCUUCAUUCUGUGCAUUCAUUUGUGAGAAAACAUAGACAGCAGCAGAUUCCAGAGCCUUAACUCUAGGAGGCGCACGUUGGGGGAGGGGGGAGAUCCUUGCUCUCCUUUUGCUUUGUGUGCUAACAAUGUGGAUAGCAUUAGCAUUCUGUCACCCCUAAUGGUACUGAAUUGUUCCAUCAAUAUUCACUGAGCAUGGGGGGGGGGGGGCAGGCAAAGGCUCAUUGGCGACUGUGAGAAAGGCAGGUUCAGACCCUACGCACAAAGAUGAGACUUGAUGGAUGUGCAUGAUUCAGACCGCAGCAGCGAAUGGCAUCGAUCGGGGAUUAGAGGCAGAUUAGAAAAACCCAUUUUACUGUGAGGUGGACAGACAGAUCCCUAACCCAGACCACAGCUUGCAAUUACCCUACAAGAGUGGCUCAUCAGGGUUAGGGUUAGGGUAGCUACAGUCGGAAGUUUUGAAUGACUACUUUGGGAAUUUGGACUAUAGGCUAUUAAAGAAACAAUUAAACUUUUUGAAGGAGAAAAAUGCAUGUGGAAAAUGGUGUUUGGCUUGGGGUGGGGGAAUGGAUGAUCCCUGGAGUUACCUACCAUGGAGAGGAGGAGUGUGGGUGGUGGGGGGCAGGAAACCCAGCAAAGCUACUCUAGUAUUUCAAACGUGACAGUGAGACCAGGCAGGAACGGGUGAUUGGCGGCUGAGAAAAGUUGUUUGUAUUCUGCUUUUGUCUUCGCAGGGUUUAGCUUAGAGCAAAUCUCACGAGUGAAUCCAUUUCCCCCACCUCUUACAGGUGCUUUGCUUCGAUCAUUCAGUCUUUGCACGGAGUACACACUGCUUUCAAACCCCGCAGUUCCUCCCGCAGACUGAGAGGGGAAAGACUCGAAGUUUCCAUAUUUUAUGACAUCUCUUGGCUUGGGAGCAGAAUGUCCUUUUCAUGCCCCCCCCUUUUUUUUUACUUUGUGCAUACUUGAAAGGUUUUAAAAUCAUGUGAGAAGUACCAAAAGCCAUUAACAUAAAGCAUGUGGCUCUGGUCAGGAAAGGCUCCAGUGUCUGGUCUGUGACUGCACCUUGUGUGCACGCACCCGUGAGGUUCCUGCUUCAGUGCUACUGCAGUCGUUCAUGUCAUAAAGCUCAGGACGGUGGUGCUCUAGAUAAGCAGAGCAGACUUUGCCCAAUGCUGGGGACACUGAGCCGAGGCUUUGUGGGAGGAAGUUGGACUCACCAGAGAGCAGAGCACAGGCUGGAGGAUACUGGGAAAGCAGAGGCAUUAUGAAAGACUUCUACGCCAGAGUUACUGUCAUGGUUACAGGUCUUUGCUUUGUGGGAACAGUGACAAACCCAUCAAGAAAAAGCAGUCUUUCCCUCCAUCAGCAGGAUGGGGAUCUUCUGGCAAACUGGUCUUCUACAAGACACACGUCCCAGAAAACAGACACCGUGGACAGGAACUCCUAUUUCUUUAGAGUUCUCUUCCAGCCGCACACAAAAGAACGGCACACAAACCAUCUGGACCGCACUAAUCAUCGCUUGUCAAAAGUGACCCUCAGCUGUCUCGCGCAUUUGCGUGCUUUGGAGAUGUUAAACCUUGGCGACGAUGUUAUCCACUCCCUCUGCCUGGAUCUGUCCCUGCCUUCUUCCUCACGGCAAAAGCGCCACAGAAGUCGCUUCCGUGGCCGACAUCCCCGGCUAAAGGUGCUGCUACUUCAAAGGAAUCAACUCGGUCCUACUCCUAAAGGACUGUGGAAGCUGAAGCCACUGUGCAGUCUGGAUCUGUCAUUCAACAGGAGAGUCGGCAUUGGGCUGUCUGGUUUUCAUGGCUGCCUGCAGCUGAAGAGCAUCUAUUUAAAGAACAACAAGAUCCUCACGAUUCACCCAGAAGCUUUCAAAGGGCUCAAAAAAUUACAGCAGGUGGUAGACCUCAGAAGCAGUGCACUGACCAUGCUUGUACCAAUUGUGACCAUUGCUCUAGAAUGGCCCAACCUGGAACUUGGCUUGGCUGAUAACCAGUGGCAGUGUAAUGAGAGUGACGCCAACUUCCAAAACAUCGCCUCUGUAUCCUGGGGGGAAAUAUGGAAAGCCGUCUGCAACACGCCUGUGGAGAAUGAGAAACCAUAUGUGGAGGCUUCCCAGAUCAGAAUUUCCAGGGAUAUACACCUUCCUCGCUCUCCUUCCAGUGACUUGCAGAGCCUCAUCCAGAGCAAAGCAGAGAAGCCCCGGGCAGGAAUGGACGUGCACCUUUCCGCUCUGGAGAAGAAGGCACAGGUUGGCUAUGGUGAUCUCAAAGGGAUAUGGCUGCAGUCCCCGAUGGAGCUCAGAGACUCCCAGGGUGGCCCUGUCACUGACAGAAAGGAUGACAAACCCCCAGACCUUGCCCUGGCCGUCUGCCUGUCAGUGUUCAUCACAUUUGUGGUGGCUUUCUGCCUGGGGGCUUUUGCAAGACCCUACAUCGACAGACUACGGCAACAAAGAUGCUUGAACAAAAGGCCUGGCUCAGAGAAUGCCUACUCAAACGAGGGUUUCCAUGACGACGUGGAAGCUGCCCAACAUGUACAGCACCAAGGGACAGAUCUAUGCCAAACUACCCACCACCUAAAUCUUUUUGAGAACCAGGAUCCUUCCUGGGGGACAGAGGCAAUCCCACAUGGUGCUGUCCUAUCAGAACGGAUGCUGGGAAGCAACGGGAUGGACCCCAGUAGUCAGCAGAGCCCAGGACAAUUCGAGGACAGCGGUGAGGCAAGAAGUGGAGAUGGCAACAUGUUUCCAAAUGGCCGUGUAGUCCACCCUGCAGUCCACGGGCUUCCAAGCGCUGACGCUCAGAAGCCGAUUUCACCAGGGCAGCAUCACUAUGACGUUCCUGAAGAAUCACUUUAUGACACAGUGGCCCAGGAAUAUUCUCUCCUUGACAAUGCAAUGGAUAGGUCUUCUGUUGCUGGCUGUCUGGGAACUUUCCCCAACUCUAUCAAUAGUGGUCGGGAUGAAUUGUGCCCUUCACAGCCAAGGGAUGUUGUGGCUUCCUUCUCCAAAACCCUAGCACAUAUGAGCACUCGAGAGGCUGAGGAGAGUGUGGAAAGGGGCUUCCCUGAACCUUUGGGAGCCAUGGGCUCCCAGAUAGAAUCUUCUGAGGAAAGGCAAGUGAGCAAUUCCAUUAGAGAGCUGGCCACACAACAGGCAAGCUUCCAAGAAGUUGAUGUUGAGGAAAGACUUGCCCAUGUCUACAGUGAGGCCCUAUACAAUGACACACCCUCCCACAUGCCAAGACACAGCAGUGGCCAUGAUGUCGCCUCUGCUACUGAGGAGGCUGUGCAGAGAGAUGCUUCCUUUGACCCUCAUGAUGACUUGGUGACCAACUACGAGUCUGAUUCUGACGAGGGCUCUUUGUUUACCCUUAGUUCUGAGGGUUCUCAGGACACAAGGAGCUUGACUGAAGAACAGGCAUUUGUGGAGAGUGGUGGGGACAGCCAGCCCCUCCCGAGCAGGAACUUGGGGGAAUACAAGGACAGUGUGACAUCAGCAGAAAGUGUUGAAGACAUCACGUCACAACAGACUCUAGAGAAGCGUGAAGCGCAAGAAGCUCACCUCGGAAACACUCUCAUUUCUGGUCCAGACUCUUGUGUGCAUGAAACACAUCUGGAAAAUGACUCUAGCCCCCUUGACCCUGAGAAUGUACCAACAUGGACCCAACCCCCAGACCAUAAGCUAGCACACCAUGAGACUCUAGGCACAUUUGUGUAUGGUGACAUAGGGCCCCAGUCUGAGGCAGUAGACUGGCUCUACUCCCUUAGAGACCUGGAAUUCCCAAAUAUAGAUAGUUCACCAUCACCACCAUGUUCUGAUCAAGAUCCCUCAGAUCCUGAGGAGCAUGACACCAAAUAGAAGUAAACAUGGCAGCCUUAUAAGCUGGGGGAUAGAGCGCCAUUGGUAGAGUAUGUGCUCACAAUGCACAAACCCCUGGGCGCAAACCACAGCACUGGAGACAUUGGGCACACUGGCACAUACUGUCAGCCCAGCCUUUGGGAGGCAGAGGCAGGAAACAGGCAUGAGACUGAAACAGCUCUUGCACAGCAGAUGAUGGAAUGUUCUGGCAAAUGUGGGCUCUGUUGCUCCAACAGUCAGCUUGUGAGAGAUGUCAGCCCUACCAAGACCCCGUCUCCCACUCAGAUUCCAGGACCACAUCCUCAACUCCAGUUGCCCAAAUCUGCAUGGUCAUCCUGGAACCUAAAAGCUAUAUUUUUUCUUCACGAAUAUGUGCUCCAAAAUUCACUAUUUUAGUCAACAGUAUCACAGUGUCCACCCAGUAAACCCAUUUACAGAUUUUA